UUUUUACCUUUGAAGACCAUGUUAGGACCAAGAUAUGAUGAUCAGGUUGCUGAAGAAAAUCGCUUUCAUCCGAGUAUGUUAUCCAACUACUUAAAAAGUCUAAAGGUUAAAAUGGGUUUACUGGUAGACUUGACCAACACCACUAGAUUCUAUGAUAGGAAUGAUAUAGAGAAAGAGGGGAUUAAAUAUAUAAAGCUCCAGUGUAAAGGGCAUGGUGAGUGCCCUACACCUGAAAAUACGGAGACAUUUAUCCGUGUAUGUGAACACUUCAGUGAUAAGAAUCCCUCAGAGCUUAUAGGUGUCCAUUGCACACAUGGUUUCAAUAGAACUGGAUUUCUGAUCUGUGCCUUUUUGGUCGAGAAGUUGGACUGGAGUAUUGAGGCUGCUGUGGCUACUUUUGCUCAGGCUAGACCACCAGGUAUUUAUAAAGGUGACUAUUUGAAGGAAUUAUUUCGUCGUUAUGGAGAUGAAGAUGAUGCACCAUCGCCACCUGAGCUACCAGAAUGGUGCUUUGAUGAAGAUGAGGAGGAAGAGGAUGAUAAUGGUAAAACAGGAGGCCAAGAAUCAGAACCUGGAUCAUCAAGCUCUUCCUUUGGCAAGAGGAGAAAAGAACGUCUAAAACUGGGUGCAAUUUUCUUGGAAGGAAUAACAGUUAAAUGUGUGACCCAGGUGACAACACAACCAAAGUUAGGAGGAAUACAGCAAAAGUGUCAGCAGUUCUGUGGAUGGGAAGGGUCUGGAUUCCCUGGAGCACAGCCUGUUUCCAUGGACAAGCAAAAUAUUAAAUUUUUGGAGCAGAAGCCAUACAAAGUUAGCUGGAAAGCAGACGGCACUCGGUACAUGAUGCUGAUUGAUGGCAAGAAUGAAGUUUAUAUGAUUGAUAGAGACAAUUCAAUUUUUCACGUAUCUAAUCUGGAAUUUCCCUUUCGUAAAGAUCUUCGCACACAUCUAACAAAUACUCUUCUGGAUGGGGAAAUGAUCAUCGAUAAGGUUAAUGGACAGGUUGUCCCUCGGUACUUGAUAUAUGACAUUAUUAAGUUUAACGGCCAGCCUGUUGGAGACUGUGAUUUUAAUGUUCGACUUGCAUGUAUAGAGAAAGAGAUUAUAUUUCCACGACAUGAAAAGAUGAAAAAUGGUCUUAUCGACAAAGCACAGGAACCAUUCAGUGUUCGAAACAAACCAUUUUUUGACAUCUACGCUUCAAGAAAGCUCCUGGAAGGAAGCUUUGCUAGAGAAGUUAGCCACGAAGUGGAUGGACUUAUAUUUCAGCCUACAGGAAAAUACAAGCCUGGUCGAUGUGAUGAUAUUUUGAAAUGGAAGCCACCCAGUCUGAACUCUGUUGACUUUCGUCUAAAGAUAACAAGAAUUGGUGGAGAGGGGCUACUCACCCAGAAUGUUGGUCUUCUUUAUGUUGGAAACUUUGACCGACCUUUUGCACAAAUUAAGGUGACAAAAGAACUGAAACAGUACGACAAUAAAAUUAUAGAGUGCAAGUUUGAGAACAACAGCUGGGUCUUCAUGAGACAGAGAAUAGACAAAAGCUUUCCAAAUGCCUACAGCACUGCCAUGGCUGUAUGCAACAGCAUCCAGAAUCCAGUGACGAAGGAGAUGCUGUUUGAGUUCAUUGACAGAUGUACAGCAGCUUCUCAAGGACAGAUGCGGAAACACCACCUCGAUCCUGACACUGAACUCAUGCCGCCCCCACCGCCCAAAAGGCCACGUACCAUAACAUAG